AUAAAUAGUGAGAAAAAAAAUUGAUAAAAAAAACAGUGUAUACAAAAUUUAACCAAGUGUAGAUAAAGUUAAAUGUAUUGUUAAACCAGUGGAACUUUCGUGAACUCCAAGUGAAAUCAUUCCUUAAAACAAAUCAUGCGCCACUGAGAGACGGACUCGCGCGCAAUACCGGAAGCGGCGCGGCUGCGUACACGCAUCAUGUUCGGUGUACUUCCGGUGCGAUGGGUCGCGCGCCUCAAACAUGGAGGUGUCGCCAACCAGUUCGUUAUGGCUACUAUGGUCACAAUCCCAGCUUUAAACUUCGGUAUGUUGAUGGGCUGGCAGUCUCCAAUGACUCCGAUCCUGCAGUCACCAUCAGGACCAGCCCCGGAGCCAAUCAGCGACGAAACCAUAUCGUGGAUGGCAGCUAUUACAUUUAUGCCCCCUAUCUUCUGCGGGUUUAUGGUUGGAGACCUUGCUGACCGAUGGGGCAGGAAGAUCACUACUCUUCUGACUGCGUUAAUGCUUGUGUUAAGUUGGACCAUCACCUUAUUCUCCCUCCGUCCAUGGGCGCUCAUCAGCUCGCGAGCAGUAGCCGGGCUUGCGUGCGCAGGCUGCUACGUCGUCAUACCGUUAUAUUUAAAAGAGAUAGCAUCAGACAACAUCCGAGGUGCUUUAGGCUCCUUAUUCAUCCUAUCACAGAACCUGGGUUACCUCGUGGUCUACGUGGCUGGGGAUCUCCUGUCAUUUGACGCAGUAUUAUGGCUCUGCACUGCCGUACCAGCUAUCUUCCUUGUCGCUUUCAUUGCAAUGCCUGAAACUCCUGUGUUCCUCGUCAAACAAGGGAAGAUUAAGGAAGCUCGUGCAGCACUGGCCUGGCUUCGGAACACUACGACAGACGACAAGGACUUGGAGGAAGCUAUACAGCAGCUGGAGAGGGAGGAGGAGUACGCCAGGAGUAUGAAGAAAGCCACCUGGAAGAGUAUAGUCAAAGACAAGACGACAUUCAAGGCGUUUCGCAUUUCCCUCAACGUGAUGCUGUCCCAGGAAACCUGUGGUUACCUGGUGGUGCUCAUGUAUGCUGGCUCCAUCUUCGAGCAGGCUUCGGAGUCCAUCAGCCUGAAACUGAGCCCCAAUAAGCAAACUAUUGUUGUGGGCGUUAUCCAGUUACUGGGCAGUAUCGUCGCUAGCUGUAUUGUGGAGCAGACUGGGCGAAAGUGGCUUCUAGCAGGCACCUCCUUAGCUACAGGACUAUCAAUGCUGGCAUUGGGAGCCUGGUUCUACAUCACAUCCAUGAACAUCUGGCUGCCUGGCUGGCUACCAGUCCUCGCCAUGUGUCUCUGCAUCUUCGCUGAUGCUGCAGGGUACCAACCAGUGCCUUACGUGAUUACUUCUGAACUGUUCUCUUUCCAGCACCGAGGCAUGGUGACAUCCUUCGUCAGCUCCGUGGAUGCCCUCAGCGACUUUCUCCAAACAAAAGCCUACGACCCGCUCCUCAAACUCCUGGGAAUCCAUUGGGUCUUCAUCAUGUUCUCCAUAGUUUGCUUUCUGGGAACUUUCUAUACGGUCAUGUGGGUUCCAGAAACUAAAGACAAGACUGUAGAAGAAAUAUACGCACUCUUAGAAGACAGCAGAAAGAAAGAGAAGAGGAAAGGGAUGAAAAUAAUAAUGAAAGAGAUGGAAGAUCUGGAGUGUGGGAAAGAGAUGAGUAGAUUAUAAGUAUUUAUUGGGGUGUUGUCGAAUUGAUGGAUCGGUUAUUGGGGUGUUCCAAAACGAUAUUUAAUGGUUUUUUUUUCAUGUGAUAUAUCUGUAUCUAUUAGGUUUUUUGAAGGUUAGAGAAAAAAACCGUAGAUAAAUGAAAGUAAUUUAUUCUUUGUAAUAUCAAUUUGUAUUGGAUCUGGGCAAUAACUAUAAAUGUCUUCGUCAUAUUUCAGUGUAUAAUCUAUUUGGUGAAAAUUUAAUUGUAAUACGUUAUUGCAAAUUGAACGUAUAUAUAUGGUAGAAAUAACGUAAUUGUGUAUGUAUAUUGUAUGUAUAUACGUUUUGUUUGAAGUAGCUAUUGUUUCUUGUUGAAUGGAAUAUUGUAAAAUUGUUACUCAAACAGUUAAGAAUUGUAUAAUACGGUUUUAUGCAUUUUAUUAAUUAGAAAACUAAAAAAAAUGGGACAACCUAAGUACCUAGAUAUCGCUGUACUUAAAUAUUAAAGUGGGCAAAAUUCAUCAAUUCGACAAUCAUCUUUGAAAUAAUGUACAAAAGAUUCAUUUAAUUUUGAACCAAGACACGAUAAAAAAACAGUGAAUUCUUCUGUACAUAACGGUGAUUCUCAAACAACCAAUCUUCCUGUUCAUCGACUUUGUACCCUAUAAUUGUAAAGUGAGGGUGUUUUUUCGAAUGUGCAGGAAGAUAGUGAUAUGUGCCUCCCGACUACCGAUUGUGAUAUUAUGACGAAUUAGUAACGUUUAAUAAUUUGGUAUUAUUAGUAAUAAGAUGUCUCUAUGACGUUAAAAGACAAUAAUUUAUA